AAUGGAAUGAUUUACUACCAAUGGUGGCUAAUCCUUUGUCGUUGUCCUUUUCAAGAGUCUAUUUCUGGAGAGGGGAGGGAAGUUGCGAAGGCCAAUUGUGUAGACGUUUGUUAUGUGAAGGUUUGUGACAGCUGGGGUACAUUCUGUCUGCAGUGGUGGAUGAGGAAGCAUGGUGUACAUCCACAAGUAAUUCUCAAGUACAAUGAUAACUCAUUUUUUAGAUUAUUAAAAUGGACAAAAUGACAUUCUUAACACCUUUGAUGUCAUUUAUGGACACUGCCUUCAACAUAUUCAGCUGACAAAGUGAUACCAGGGGGCAUUUCUGUAUGUAUAUUUAUAUUCUCCAUCCAAUGCUCUCCAGCUCUAAAAACAGGGCUGGAUUAGCUUCUGUUGGUUGGGGCACUGAGAAAACAACAAAUUGUCUACCAAUAUUCCUCCACCCUUUACCCAAGUUAAUUUGUCAUAAUUUGAUUAUACACAGUUUAUUUAAGAAUUUGCACCAUGCAAACUCAGUAUCAAUCUAGAAUGAGGUUCAUCAAUCUCUGUCUCAAUUCACGGGCCACUUCCUUCGGACGAACUAAAUAAGAUGGUGUCUGGUCUGUGGGGAAUUUCAUGCUUAUGUCACUUGUUCUUCAGUUACCAUUGUGUCACCAAGCACCACUCCUGUCACCUCUUAACCCUGACAGCUGCAGUUAAUGAUCAUAGUAUUUGUUUUUUUUUUUUUCUUGUUUUUUUGAACAUUUGUAUCACAUUUGUGUCAUUAGUUAAUCGAGUGAGUUAAAACCCAAGACUAGCAUUUAAGUGUUCAACUCAGCUUUGUUUGCUGUCUUUUGGAGCCUUCGACAUUGAAUAGCCUUUGAAGGAUGUGGCCCAUUAAUUGAGACACAUUUUAAAUAGCAGGUACAGCCACAAAAAAUUGCACCUAAAGGUCCAGUGUGUCAGAUUUAGUGGCAGUGUGACUGCAGAUUGCAACCAACUAAACACCCCUCAUCUCACUCUCCCUUAAGGUGGCAGCUAAAAACAUGAAAACAGUGUUUGGUUUGUCAGUUCAGGGCUACUGCACAAACAUGGCAGCCCAACACUGGAAGAGGAUUCACUCCCUCUUUAGAUAAUAAAGGCUCAUUUUAAGGGGGCAUAAUGGAUCUCGGAAAGAAGCUCAGCACUCCUAAAGACAUUAUGUUGGAGGAAUUAUCGUUGCUUUCCAACAGAGGGUCCCGGCUUUUCAAAAUGCGCCAGAGGAGAUCUGAGAAAUAUACAUUUGAAAGUAUCCAAAAUGAGGCAAAUGCACAGCUAAAUAAUGACAUUUUAACUGAGAAUACACACUCUGUGGAAAUUAAAGUGGACCCACCGGCUGAUGGAAAUGCUGCUAAUCAAAACAGCACUGUUUCAGACACAAGUGCAGAGAAGUCAAAUGCCUCAGUGAUGCCCAGGUCCUACCACUCCCCUUGGGAGCAGGAGAUUCUUAGUGACCCCAACCUCGCCGAGAGCCUCAAACUGAGAAUGCCAGCACCACACCCACGGCCAGACCUUCCUGAGUACAAAUGCUUCAACCGAGUUGCCACUCCUUUUGGCGGCUUCGACAAAGCUCCCAGAGUCAUCACAUUCAAGCUCCCUGAGGUGGACCUUAACCCGCCCAGUUACCCAGAGCUGCAGGAGCCGAGGAUGAAGAGGGCAUCCUUCAACAGGACAGCCCAGGGAUGGAUAUCUGAGGGCACCCAUCUGAUUCUCCCCACUAUUACCCUGGAGCCCGUCAAAGUCCCUGAGUCUGAUGAUCUGUAGUUGGUCUUUCUGUAUGUAAUCUGGCAACAUAUGCAGCCUGUGAUGAGGGCAAAACAGUCAAUAAGAAGCACAGUCACAAUUCACAAAAAAAAAAAAAAAACUGUUUUGAAAGAAAAACAUGUAAAUAGCAAAGUGAACACACAAUUCAAGAGGUCUAAGAGUUUCCAGUGAUACUGAAAACAAAGCUACUUUUACGAAUAGUCAAAUGAACUGAUGUAUGUGUAAUGUAAAUAAAGACGGACACUUAUUUAUUGAUGGCACACAACUGGAACAUGCAGUGAGCUAUAUUUAGUUAUUAUUGGUACGCAGCAUUUCGAUUAUAUUCACUACAAGACUUAUAGUACAGGAAAAUACACUGAUGAUGUUCAAUGUUAUUUAUUUCUCAUCAUAUAUAAAGAUCUGGUCUACUGAAAACCUUUAUGUUGGAGCUAGAACAUAAAAGAAAAGAUUAAAUAAGCCAUCAAUUAAGUAAAUCGAAUUCAAAUUCAACACAAAAAUAAUUCAUAAAUACUUUUUUAUGUAUAGAUUUGUAAAAAUAAAGUAAGGACUAUGUUUUAUAGCUCUUAUUUAAUGUUGACUUUAUACACAGACAUAUUUCAUAACAGCACAAGCACAUAACAGUAACCUCCACGCACACACACACACACACACACAGAAAAUAGAUGUACAUAAGCCUGCCUUGUUUUGAGGAGAACGAAACUGAAUAGAAAAUGUUUGUUCUGUACUGUUUCUGGUCACAGAUGGACAUAAACCUUUACAGCAUCUCAA